GUAAAGUUUAAACUAAAAAUAAGAGGAGCACAUCACAUUGACUUUUGAGCAACAACUCUUCUCUUUCAAAAGCUCAGCAAUCGGAGGAGAUUAGAUUGAGAUGGCGGAGGCGGCAGUGGCAUUCCUGCAGGAGCAGAUGAGGGAGGUUGUGGUGGCGUACGCAGAUCUGAUCGCCGGAGCGGAGAGAGAGUUCGAUCUGCUGAAACAUAACCUUGAUUCAUUCAAGGACUUCCUCAAUCAGAUGGCGAAGAACAAGAAGAAGGAUGAAUCGUUGAAAGCACUGGAGAGGCGGAUAAGGGAUGCGGUGUACGAGGUGGAGGACAGCAUCGACACUUGCUUGACCAAAGCUAUGGCGCUCAAGGCUAAAAGCUUCAUACGACACCGUAUAGGCAUUAAAAGUGCCAACCUUGCCAAGGAGGUCAGGGCCAUUAGAGAACAAACGGUGCUUCCUUUGGUUGAGGAUGUCGCCAAAUUUGCUAUUGCCGAUGGAGCCAAGGGCGGGGAUCAACCACCCACUGAGACGCCAAAAAGGGUUACACCAAUCAGACAAAACAGAGUAAUAGGUUUUGAUGCGGAGGAAGCUGAUAUAAUUGAUCAUCUCACGCAAAGUAGAGACAAGCUUGACGUUAUGUCCAUCGUGGGCAUACCUGGUCAGGGGAAGACAACCUUGGCAUGGAAGAUUUAUCAGAACAAGUCCAUCUGUACUCAUUUUCCCAUUCGCAUUUGGGUUUCAAUCUCUCAAGUGUUCAACAGCAAGGACGUGUUCCUCCAAAUCCUCAAGAUGUUCAGCCCCUCUCUAGACAUCUCGAGUCUCGAUGAUGACGAGCUGGUCCAUACAGUUCGUGAUUGCUUGGAAUAUGAGCGGUUCUUGUUAGUUUUGGAUGAUGUCUGGAGUGUCGAUGCAUGGGAAGAGAUCCAGAAAGUGCUGCCAUUCAACAAUGGGGAGGGUAAAGUCCUCAUCACCACCCGAGAGAAAGACAUUGGAAACAAAUCUCGAGUUUAUAGAGAUCCCCACAAUCUCAAGUUCCUAACUCCAGAGGAAAGUUGGGAGCUCCUCCAACAUGAGGUGUUCGGAGCUUUGAAUACGUGCCCAGAUAAUUUGAAGGUCAUUGGGGAACAAAUAGCCAACAAGUGUGGUGGAGUACCACUGAUGAUAGUUGUGAUCGGAGGCAUUCUUUAUGACCAGCUCCUGGAUUCUCCAUCGGAAGGUGUGGAUGAAUGGCGAACAAUAUCUCAAAGUGUGAGUGAAGCCUUACAGCACAGCGCAAAACAUAUAACACAAGUGGUGGAGUUGAGCUACCACAGAUUGCCCGAUGACUUACGAGAGUGCUUUGUUUUCUUGGGUGUAUUUCCAGAGGAUUAUGAGAUUCCAGCUAAGAUGUUGUGUGGGCUAUGGAUUUCUGAAGGAUUUGUACUGCCCAGAAAAGGGAGAAGCAUUGAGGAAAGUGCGGAGGAGAAUAUGAAUGAUCUCAUCAGCAGGAACUUGCUCAAAGUCGAGAAAACCAAUCACAUGGGUAAAGUUAAAACAUGUCGUGUUCAUGAUAUGAUACGUGCGUUCUGCAUAUCCAUAAUUAAAGACGAGAAUUUAUGUGAUGAGGUUAUACCAUCAUCUGAGAUCGGGGAACUUGAACCUUCAGCUUCUCAGCUACAAAAGUCUCGUCGUCUUUGUUUCCGCUCAGAUCUGUCUACCUUCCUGUCUAAAAACCCAUCUGGUCCCCAUGUUCGUUCGUUUUUGUGUUUCUACGAGAGGUCUGUCAAGCUGGAGUCGAAGCAUCUAGAAGUUAUACCAGACGGAUUCAGAAAGCUUAGGAUUCUGGAGUCCAAGUGCAUCAUAUCGGAACAAUUCCCUAGAAAGGUUGUCGAGCUAGUCCAUCUUAGGUACCUCACCUUAUAUAUUGAAACUCUCGAAACUCUUCCUGAGGCAAUCACCCAGCUAUGGAACCUACAAUCUCUUGUAGUUGAGACCAAGUUUCGUUUAAUCACGAUGAAAGCAAAUUUGUGGAGAAUGGUGCGGCUGAGGUAUCUCAAGACGAGAGCAGCUAUUCUCCUAGAUAGUAUUAAAUCCAAUAGCGAAGCAGGGCAGAACCUUCACACGUUGAAGAGAUUGGCACCCGAAUCUUGCACUGAUGUUGUCUCCAAAAAGGCUGUAAACCUCAAGAGCUUGGGGAUUUCUGGGAAACUGGACUCCAUUUUUGAAAAGAACUUCCUAGAAAAAUUGCAUCAUCUUGAAAAGCUGAAGCUUUAUGAACAGCCAUCAGAAGAUAUGUUGCAUGGUCUUCCCCUCCGAAGCUGUUUCCCGCCAAAUCUCAAGAGGCUGACACUAAUGAAUACAUCCUUCGAAUGGAAGCACAUCUCCACGUUGGCCAUGAUCAAGACCCUCGAGGCCCUUAAGCUAAAAGACAACGCAUUUGUUGGAUUGUCCUGGAAUCUAGGUAGUGACACCUUUCAAAAUCUCCAACUCCUGUUGAUCGAGCAAGCAGAUUUAGUUCUUUGGGAUGCCACGCCGGGGUCCUUUCCCAAUCUCAGGUUUCUCGUGGUUAACAUCUGUGAAAACCUCAUAGAAAUCCCAGUGUGUGUUGGAACGAAACUUGAGAAACUGGAAAUAGAGCGUGUUCGCCCUUCUUUAGUUCAGUCUGCCGUGAAGAUUGAAGAGCAACGGAAGCAACGGCCCCCUAGCAAAUAUGAGGUGCCUCUUAAACUCAUUGUUGGUCCGGUUGCAGCAGCAUUCAUGAGGGGACUAGUCUGAGAUCAAGUUCAUCAAUGCUGAUGGUGUGAUUGGUCAAUUGCACUUAGUUUGAAUAAAUUAGUUUUCAUUUGUGAUGAAAAACUUUCAAGACUCAUUUGUGACAUUUCCAUAUUUAAACUUUGCAUUUUUGUGAUGUAUCGUUUGUCUAACAUCCUGACUUUUCAUAUCCAGCCUUUUUAAUUGAUUUUGAAGGGUUUAGCCGAAUGUUA